AUGCCACAAGGCAAGCUGAUGAAGGCGGCAGUGAAGCGACUCAAGAAGCUGUGGCCUCCCAAGAAGAAGAGGAAGAGGCUCUCCUCGGAUUGGUACGACGAACACCACCGCCACUGUCUCGACCUUACUCCGCCGCCGCCGCCACUGCUCCACUACCGUCGUUUCUCCUGCUCGAGCUCCUCCCCUUCCACUCAGCCCUCGGCGCCGCCCCUUCCUUCCUGGCUCGAGCCGGACGACACCGGCUACGCCGUGCCUGAGCUGACUUUUCAAGACGAGAGUGGUUCAGGGGUGGCGGAGUCGAACGUUGUCGUGUCUUACCAUCAGUACAUGGCCCCAGAACCAGCAUACGGAGUCCCGUUACUGCCAGCAGCAGAUAGAAGGGAGAGAUUGGGAUCAGGAUCGGGAUCGGGUGGCGGUUUCUUCGGGUGUCUCGCCAAGUUCGGGAUCAAUGUGAUUCGUUGCUUCUGUCCCUGUUUCCAUAUCCGGGAAGUUCGUUAG